UAAAUUUGAUUCUUGCUUGUGACGAUCUCUCUUCUUUUUUAAAAAAUUCCUUUUCAAAUUGAAAAUCACUACUGAUUGUAGAAUCAAAGCCAAAUGUUUCCUGUAGUUCUAAAAUCGAGUGACAAAAGUGAUCGCGUGCUCUUCGCCAAAGAAAACCUAAACGUUAGGAGCGAGGUUUGGCUCGAAGCCAUUGCUUGUGACGAAUUGAAUUUAUGUUACAAUGAAAAUGGUACACCUAAGUGGAGUGUUCACUUUGGGGGACGGACACCAGUCAACUCAAUUACUUUAAAGACAUGGAGCUGCCUAAGCAAAAGUGGAUGCAUAAUUGAAGAAAUUAAAGAAAAAUUUGACUCAGCAGCUUACGAGCAGUUACUUGACAAACAUGUCAGUAAGAUAGCUUGUGAUAUUCAGCCCCGAUUUUUCCUGCAGGAUAAUUUUCCAGUUCAUUUAGCUCCUCGUAUAGAUCAUUGGUUUACAAAUAACAAAUCAUUCAUUCUUCUUCGCUUACCAAAGAAUUCCCCUGAUCUCAUGCCACUUUGCCUGUUGCAUGAAGUGUUAGUGUCUGAACUAAACAAGCAAGAAGUUGUCUUUUCAGUUAACUUUUCGAUUGAUUUGAACCGAUGUUUACAAUCAAUAUGUCAAUCCCAAAUUGAAAGUUUACUUCUUGAAAUGCCAACCACCCUCAAGUAUAUUAUUGAACACAAUGGAGAGUUGAGAAAAUUGUAAAGUUUUGAA